AUGAGUGAUUCCAAAGAAUUUGCAGUGCCUUCCCUUCCUGCACAAAAGAAACAAAAGGCAGAAGCACCGGUACCAGCACCACCAGCACCACCAGCACAAGAAAACGCUAAGCGAUUACCGCAACCUCCACCUCUCAAAUACGAGAAACCAUCAUGGAGUGCUCAACCAACGUACAAGUAUCGACUAGAAAUACUAAAGAAUGGUGCUAGCUUAGAGACCAUACAAGGGCCUCGUAAAGAAUUUGUUACCAUUGGUAGAUUACCCAUUUGCGAUAUUCCAAUGGAGCAUCCAUCAAUAUCUCGCUACCAGGCCAUCAUACAAUUCAACCACGAUGGUGAUGCAUACAUUUACGACAUGGACAGUGCGCAUGGUACCAAAGUCAACAAAAACCCUAUUCCUGCCAGAGAAUACGUGCAAUUAAAGCCAGGCGAUCAGAUUCGAUUUGGAGAAAGUACGCGAUUGUGUAUUUUCGAUUCAGAGAAACCAUACGACCCUGAAGCAGAAGCAGAAGAGAGGCGCCAGAUUGCUCUCAAGAAACGACUUGCUAAAGCGAGAGGCGAAUUGCAGUCAGAUCAGACAGAAAAUGUGGUAUCAGAAGGCAUUUCAUGGGGCUUUCAAGAGGAUGCUAAAGAGGAAGACGACGAUGAAGAGGAUAAUGGGGCAGAGAACAGCAUACAGGACAUUGAGGCCAGUCUAGAUAAAUCAGGAGAUGCUAGUUUGUUGAGUGUCGAGGCAGAAAAAAUGGCAGUGGAGGAUGCCAAGCGACGAAGAGAGGAUCUCAAGAUCAUGUAUGACGAUGACAGCGAUGAGGAACUGUACGACAAAACAUCCAGAAAGAAGAAGAAGGUCGAGAAAGCAGAUACACACGAGGAUUUAGUGAGAAAGCAAAAGCAAGCCGAAAUAGACAUUGCAAAGCUUACAAAGGAAAUAGCGGACAAGAAGGAAGCGCAAACAAACAAAGACAGCGACGCAGCAGCAGGAGAAGAGGAUUUAGAUGCGUAUAUGAACAAGUUGACAAAGAAGCCUAGCAAUGACAAAUCUCUGUUUGCUUUGCAAAAGGAGUUGAAUCAAUUGAAAAAGGAUAACGACCGUUUAAUCAAAUUGGUCAAAUUGACAAAACCCUCAGAUAUUCUUUAG